UGCCUCAUAUCACUCCUCGGUGCUGUUGGAGCUAGACUGUAGCCAGCAGCAUGUUUCUACUCACACUUGGACUAUAUUUUCCUCUCCUCUGCUAUGUGUCAUCAUUCUCUUACGUGGAUAACAUUUUUCCUUUACCGACAGAUCUCCAGUUGCUGAAAACCCGAAAGAAAUUCAACCCCUGCUGUUUACUGAGACCACCUCCACCCCCUCUCUUCCCACCACCCCCUUCACUGUGGCGAUGGACGCCUCGGACUGAUAAUGGCAUUAAACCAAAUGAAGGGAACUCAGAGGAGAAGCACAAUCCUACAAGCCACAGAUGUUCCCCGGGGCCCCCAGGAACCGCAGGACCUCCUGGCCCUCCAGGUCCUCCAGGACUGCUGGGACCAAAGGGACCAAAGGGGGAUAAGGGUGAAAUUGGAAGACCUGGACAAAAGGGACGCACUGGCCCUCCAGGUCUCCCAGGGCAACUGGGACCAAGUGGAUGGCAUGGACCAACAGGGCUCAAAGGAGAGAAAGGCGACCCUGGGCUGAUGGGCAUGCCAGGGGCAAAAGGAUCAGUUGGACCUAAGGGCUUACCUGGAUAUAAGGGUGAAAAAGGCUCACAAGGUUUCAGAGGGGGAAUUGGCUUAAAAGGCGACAGGGGAUCAAUCGGUCUUCCUGGAAUGCUUGGCCAGAAGGGUGAGAUGGGCCCAAAAGGAGAACCUGGAAGCUCAGGGAACAGGGGACCCACUGGCCGGCCAGGAAAAAGAGGAAAGCAGGGUUCAAAAGGUGACAAUGGUGCAAUUGGACCCAUGGGACCUGUGGGGCUUCAAGGGCCCCUUGGUCACCCUGGCCCUCCUGGAUUGCCUGCCUCAGGACUGUUCAUGGUAGGACAGAAAGGGGAGAAGGGACAACCUGGCAGCCCAGGCCAUUGCAGCUGCAAUGCCCUCUCGAGUGCAAACAACCCCUCCUAUGACCAGCACUUGCUCUGGGGAAGCUACCCCAGAGUGCCAGCAAUAUUUGUGGUAAAUAAUGAACAGGAGCUGAAUCGUCUCCAGACUGAUAACGCUCUGGCGUUCCGUAAAGAUCAGAGGUCACUUUACUUUAAAGACAUUGACGGCUGGAUGCCAAUACAGUUAACACCCUUUCAGUCGAUGGAGCAUGAUUCUGACCAGGAGGGUUUCUGCGGAGACGGCAUUGUGCAAGUUGUGAACGGAGAGGAGUGUGAUGAUGGAAAUAAGGUGGUCACAGAUGGCUGUGUCAAGUGCAAACUUGCAUAUUGUGGGGAUGGAUAUCGCUAUGAAGAUGCAGAAGAGUGUGACGGGAAGGAUUUUGGCUUUCACACAUGCAGAUCAUUUUUGCCUGGAACUUAUGGACAUCUCAAGUGCAACUCUGACUGUUUCAUUGACUCAACAAAUUGCAAAUAUUUUACAUGAAGACACAAAAAUGUAGUGUAGCAUUUCAAAUUGCAAGUCUCGAGAUCCAUAUAAACGACAACACUGAAAACCACAGAUUCAGCAGACUGAGAGUAGAUAGCAUUGACAUAAUUAUCACAAACACAUUAGCUGAACUCAUUUGUUGCCGAGUAGCCACGUAUCUCACUUGAGAAAGAACGCUUGGCAAAGUCAUGGUUCUCACACAGGACCUCUCGCUCACGGUCUUAAGAACUUAACAGGACUUCAGACCCCUUUCUCCAUUCAUUCAGCCUCUGCUACCUGGUGCAUGGCCCUGGCACCACAUUUGGCCACCACGGUUGACCGCACUAAGAGGAAACUGGAGAGAUGGGUGUCUGUGGGAGGUAAAGGACUCCUCAAUACCUCAGCGUAGUACUGUUCCCAUUUUCUCCUGGUCCAUCCCAUCUUCCCUCACACAGGGUGCUCUGUAUGUGGAAUGCAAUGAGUUGUUGUUACUAUAGUACUUUGCAUGGGGCUGAGAUUGCUGUAGCUGUGUCAGCAGAACUCAUUAUUAAGGCAUGUGCAAGAUCAAGACUAGAUUGCUCAUGUGUUCACGUUGAAUAUUAUGUAGAUUUAGACCAAAUUGCUGCCAAAAAAACUAAGAUCACCUUAAAAAGACCAGCUUAGUCUAUUAUGAAGUUCCAUGCUAGUCCAGACUGGUUUACAUUCUUUAGUGCUGGAUUGGUGCUGGUUUAACUGGUGGACCAGUCAUACCAGAACUUAACUAGUGAUUGUGGUCAGUCAGCAUAGUCCUUCUGAGUAAACUGGUUGAUCAUGGAACUCUUGCUGGUUAAGCUAGUUAAGAACCCUGCUGGGGAUCAACAUAUGCUGGUCCUUUCAGCUGGGACAGAACUUCAGACUAUGGACUAGCUUAAUGCUCAAAUUCUUAAAGGUUAAAUCUGUGACAGUGCUGUUUAGCAGGCCCCAGGUUUUUUUUUUCCACAAAACAAAACUAUAGAUGCUUAAAUGAAUGUUCUGUUCAAUGUUCUGACGAGUGGUAAUAAUAUUUUCUAGCAAUCAACAUUAUGCCACACCUUCUGUCAAUUGAGCUUAGCUUUCGAAGACCCUCCACUUCAGGCACUCGUGGAGGCAGUUUCGCGGUAAUCUCGCAGACGACUUGGUGUAACAUUUCCAUCCAAAUCUCAGGAAACCACUUCAAGAUAAACCAGAACCCCUCCACCUCCAUGUGUGGAAUGGGGUGCACAUAUUCCACAACUUAGGCUUGUUCAACACUGUUUUCUCGUACUUCAAGAACAUGCUUGUAGUGUUAAAGCAAAUUUGUUUUAUUUAUUUGGGUUAUACAGUAGGUUUAUAGAUCUUAACUUAGGGAGAAAAUUGUAGAGCUAUUGUAAAGGUAGCAUUUUUGCUGCUAUUCAGGCUAAAGACUGUUGGAUUAAGGCUGGAUUGUUUAUGCUGUGAUUGAUGUCCAAAGGCUUUAAAUGGAUUUAUACCCAGUACCAAAGUCCAGUCUGAAUAUACCUCAGCAUAUACAGCAUGCUUUAGCCUUUUGUGAAUACAGGACCUGAGGUGUAGCAUACAGCACUUACUUAACUAGGAAAUUCAGUGAUAGCUAUCUUAUGUAUCUGUGAUUUACAAGACUUUUUUGAUCAACUCAAAGACAGUUUUCCAUAAGCUAUAUGAUGCAUUUGCUAUGACCUCUUUGCUAACUUUUUGUGGGGUGAUAUUCCUGACCUAUCUGUAGAUUUCAUGUAAAAUAUGAUAUGGAAAUGGAAAUAAUAUGGAAUUAAGUGUCUUGAUUACAAGUACUCUGGUGCAACUGCAUGUUCAUAUUAUUGUAUACUCUUGAUAAAAAGAGCAGAAUUGCCACUUUUCAAUGCAUUGAUGCCUUAUAACAGGCAGAGUUUGACUAAAAGACUGCAACAAAAAUGUGCAUUUAGCUUGUAACUGACUGUUAUCCUCAUACUUGUACAAACUGAGGAAAGAUGCUACAUCAAAUAUUGCACAAACAAAUAGAAAAAAGACUGAAUGUUUUGUCCUAGUGUAAUGUGAAGGCUCAUUCGUAUUAAACCAUGUUUGAUACU